AUGGCAGAUGACAUUAGUUUUCAAGAGCUGGAAAGUGACGGGUCAGAGAACAGUGAAGAAACAGAGAUUGUCGUUAAUGUCGGCGGGGUGAGGCAGGUGCUGUAUGGAGACCACCUCAAUCAGUAUCCAAACACGAGACUAGCAGAGCUUGUGAACUGUUUAUCAGGGGGAUAUGACACCAUUUUCUCACUUUGCGAUGACUAUGAUCCUGGGAAGAGAGAAUUUUACUUCGACAGAGAUCCGGAUGCUUUUAAAUGCAUAAUUGAUCUGUAUUAUUUCGGGGAGGUUCACAUGAAGAAAGGGAUAUGUCCCAUUUGUUUUAAGAACGAAAUGGAGUUUUGGAAAGUGGAUCUCAAAUUCCUGGAUGACUGCUGCAAAACUCAUCUCAGUGAAAAAAAGGAAGAGCUAGAAGAGAUUGCCCGCAGGGUCCAGCUGAUUUUGGACGACUUGGGACUGGACACCUCCGAAAACCGCUGGAAAAAAUGCCAAAAGUACAUUUGGAAAUUCAUGGAAAAACCAGAAUCUUCGUACCCGGCUAGAGUAAUAGCAGUUGUGUCUUUUCUACUCAUCCUAACCUCGUCGGUAGUGAUGUGUGUGGGGACCAUCCCAGAAUUGCAGGUGGAGGACUCUGAAGGAAAAUCUGUUGAGCACCCGGUGCUGGAUAAGAUUGAGACAGCUUGCAUAGUCUGGUUUACUCUUGAGUACGUCCUCAGACUCAUCUCAUCCCCUAACAAAUUGCACUUUGCUCUUUCUUUCAUGAACACUGUCGACAUAUUCGCAAUACUUCCCUUCUAUGUCAGCCUGAUAUUGACCCACUUAGGUGCCAAACUGAUGGAGCUAACGAACGUGCAGCAAGCCAUCCAAGCGCUUCGGAUCAUGAGGAUCGCAAGGAUUUUCAAGCUGGCACGGCACUCCUCAGGUCUACAGACUCUGACCUACGCUCUUAAAAGAAGCUUUAAGGAGUUGGGGCUCCUCCUGAUGUAUUUGGCUGUUGGGAUAUUUGUGUUUUCUGCCCUUGGUUAUACGGUAGAGCAGAGCCACCCUGAGACGAUGUUUAAGAGCAUACCCCAGUCCUUUUGGUGGGCCAUCAUAACCAUGACCACGGUGGGUUAUGGGGACAUUUACCCAAAGACCACGUUGGGCAAGCUCAACGCUGCCAUCAGUUUCCUUUGCGGGGUCAUAGCCAUUGCACUCCCGAUCCACCCUAUCAUUAAUAACUUUGUCAGAUACUAUAACAAGCAGAGAGUGUUGGAGACAGCUGCCAAGCACGAACUGGAACUGAUGGAACUAUAUGCAGGCGAUAACAAGAAAGGUGGAAGCCCCAGAUGUGAAGCUGCAUCUCUUCUGGAGAAAGGACAGGAAGAUCCCCGGUGGAGCAGCCAUCUCAGAUUCUCUAACAGUGACACCUUCAUUCACCUCCUGUCGGAUAACCACCACCGAACCAGACUUCAGAGCUGUAAGUAG